AUGACCAAGAACAACCUGAAACCCCACCUUUCUUGGUUGCUGAACGCGAAGCCAUUCGUGCCGCCCGCAGGCCCGCCCAUCGUUCACCCUAUUUCCGAUUCUCUACCCAGCUCUGCCGCUGCACCGACUUUGGAUUCCCAUAGCGAAGUGUCCACCCCUCUCGCAGGACAUGCGCCUCUCCGCGAACCGCCCCGCUCACAAUCUGUUGUUCCCGAGUUCUGUUCCUAUGUCCCCGAGCCUCGUCGAGACAACAUAACGAGCGCCAUUACUCUCGACCCUGGCAAUACGAAACCGCACUCGCACGCUCUUCCCACAGAUAUGGCCAAGCUUCGGGCCGCCCCGGGCUCAACCUCAAAGCCGCGCCUCAUAUCGCAAGCACAUCCGGACCUGACGCCUUUGGCGGGUGCCAUCGAUCGCUUCAAGAGCAAGCUUGCGAGCGCGUCCUCGGGCACAUCAAGACAAUGCGCUGGCAAAGAACCUUCCGCACAUGCGUCCCAAUCAAAAGGCAAAGGUCAUGCAGUGCAAGAAAACAUGCAGUUCGAGGAUUGGGACAUGGACGACGUCGAUGCCAUUGAUUUGACCGGAGAUUCCGAGACCCGGACUGCUUCCAGCCCCAGCAUACACGUGCCCUCCUCGACAUCGCGGAAGAGGAAGAGCGACCAGUUCGAGCCUCCCUCAGAAGAUAGUCCAGCUCCGCGGAGGCCAAGAGUUCAGGCUAGACGUGCUGGAGUGCCAGCUGCGGAUGGGUUUGCGCCCAUCGAGGAUUUCGAGGAUCCCCCACCUCCAUAUUCCACGGUAGCGCACAGACCAUAUGCAUCUUCAUCCACCGUUAGGCCGGGCUUGAGCGAGGAAUUUGAAGAUCCGAACGAAACCUCCGCACUUGAUGCCGAUGACGAGGGCCAGCAACGCGUUUCAGAGAGCCCCUUCAAACCCGUCCCCAAGAAAAGAAAACCCCUCAGCCGUGUCCCCUCUGAAAACACUGAGCUUCCCUUGGGAGCCGUUACUCUCCGCAAAGCAUCUCGUUCUCCAAAUAAAGUCAAUUGGAGCAUCCGAGACCAGCUGUCCGAAGAGCCGAAACCGAGUCCGACCAAGCGAUCUCAUCAAAAAAAGCGGCGUAUUGUAGCCGACUCAGAAGACGAGGACGACUUUGACGUUGACGACCGACCUGUGCAACUGAACCUUCGCAUUUCACCGUCCAAGAUCAGCCACCCAGAACUGCAGAGCCCUGCUAAACCGUCUGGCUUGAAGCCGACAACGAUAGACAAAUCCAAAGAUUUUCGGUGGCAUGAGUGCAAGGAUAACCAGUCGUUACUCGCCCGUCCACGGCAGCAACCACAAAAGUCUGUGGGAAAGGAUGCCUCUCCAAUCUUGUCCAAGAUGUAUAGCGCAAGUGCUGUAAUUGAAGAUGCCCUGGCAACGCCGAGCUCGGGUCAGGCCUCUCCAGCUCUCCACUCGAAAAAGGAGCGCUUGAUAGUCUCAAGCUUCGGGGCCUGGCCUGAGGAGUACCUGCAAAAUGUAUGCAGAGGACUGGAGACCGAGGUACUACGUCUCAAGAGGGCGCAGACUGAGUAUUUGGAAACGUACGAGAUUCCAUCCAGGGAUCUAAUCGAGCAAUCAAAGAGUGCUCUCAAACGCAAAGGGGUCAUCGAAAGUCUCAUCGAGAAUCGGCACCAGCUCGAAAGGGCCAACACGAGAAAAAAAGAGCUCUCAGAUAGGAUACUAAGUCUCAUGGACACCGAAUACAGCACAGACCUGACGGAGUUUGACGAGACCACGGCUGCAAUCAAACUUACUGGCGAGCAAAUCAAGAACAUCGAAGUUGAGAUGAUCCGACUGAUGAAAGCCGCCGGUUUUGUUGAUGGAGAAGGCGAAUCAGCUCGGUUGCACGACCGCCCACAGUUUGCGUCCGCUAACGUAGUGGUUCGCUCCACGCAAGCCGAUCCUGGAAAGCAUCAAUUGCAAGAAGCUACUAGUGCAAUGCCGACGCAGAGAGUUCAACAGACCCAGAUUCCAUGCAAAAGUCCGGCGACAAAGUCGACACGGGAAACACGACAUCUUGUCCCACGCGAUGCCAUCCCUCGAAGAGACUCUGAGGAGUUAGACGAUGCAUAUUCCGAAUAUGGGCUGAGCGAUGCAUCAUUUGCCAACAUAGCCACUGGAACCCCCGAGGAAAGAGUAGAAAUGGACUUCGUUUCGGGGCCGUCAUCUGCCAAUCCCCAGCAUGGCUCUUCUGGGCCAGCCCUUUUGGUAGACGAGCACGACUUCCAAGAUGAUGAUAAUCUUUUCAGCACAAAUAUGGGGACGCCGCCAGCGCAGGUGGUUGAAGAAAGGGUAGUAGAAGAGGAAGAAGAAGAAGAAGAAGAAGAUUACGGAGACCUUGACGACCUCAACGACGAAGACAUGUUGGAUAUAACCGAGGAAAUUGGAAACAACAAAACAGCGUACGCCGUUGGCAGAAGUCAUUCUUCGCGCGAGGCGUUCCAGGAGGCUUCUGGAAACCCGAUCCGCCAGCAGCUGCCACGGGACAAAGCAGCGAAGAAACAUAAUGCGAAAGUCUCUGGUGUAAUGGCUCCCCCAGCGAAUCAGCCACAAUUUUCUUGGACAAGCGAUGUCAAGAGGACGCUGAAGGACAGGUUCCGUUUGCGGGGAUUCCGCCCUCAUCAGCUUGAAGCCAUAAACGCAACUCUGGGCGGUAAAGACUGCUUCGUCCUCAUGCCCACGGGUGGUGGAAAGAGCCUGUGUUACCAGUUGCCUGCUGUUAUACAGACCGGCAAGACCCGGGGCGUGACGGUGGUCAUCUCUCCUCUGCUCAGUUUGAUGGAGGAUCAGGUCAACCAUUUGCGGAAACUUAACAUUCAGGCCUUCCAUAUCAACGGCGAACUCAACCAGGAGGAACGUCAGUUCAUUAUGAAUGCACUUCGGGAGUCUCAAGCGGAAAAGUUCAUCCAGGUCUUGUACGUCACACCGGAGAUGCUCAGUAAGAGUCAAGCCAUGAUCAACGUAUUGAAGGAUCUCCAUCGCCGUCAACGCCUUGCACGAAUUGUGAUUGACGAAGCGCAUUGCGUCAGUCAAUGGGGUCAUGACUUCCGACCUGAUUACAAGACUCUAGGGGAAAUUCGCCGACAGUUCCUUGGGGUGCCAGUCAUGGCGUUGACGGCAACGGCGACAGAAAAUGUCAAAGUCGAUACCAUUCACAAUCUUGGAAUCGAAGGAUGCGAGGUAUUCGCCCAAAGUUUCAACAGGCCUAACCUGUACUACGAUGUCCGCACCAAAGGGAAACGCGAGGACAUCCUUCAAAACAUUGCCGACAUUAUCAAAACCCAGUACCGCGGAAAGUCCGGCAUUGUGUACUGUUUAGCAAGAAAGAAAUGCGAACUGAUUGCCGAGCAACUGCGAGUCAAGCACGGCAUUUCCGCGCAGCACUACCAUGCUGGGAUGGAGCCAGCGCAGAAGUCGGAGACACAGAAGGCAUGGCAGGCUGGCACGUACAAAGUGAUUGUCGCCACGAUCGCCUUCGGAAUGGGUAUUGAUAAGCCAGACGUUCGGUUCGUGAUCCACCAUAGCAUACCCAAGAGCCUUGAGGGCUACUACCAAGAGACAGGCCGUGCUGGCCGCGACGGGAAAAGGUCCGGAUGCCAUCUGUUCUAUGGAUAUCAAGACACGGCCAUUCUCAAGAAGAUGAUCGAUGAAGGCGAAGGGAGCCGUCAGCAGAAGGAAAGGCAGUAUGCCAUGCUCCGAAACGUUGUCCAAUUCUGCGAGAACAAGGCGGAUUGCAGACGAGUCCAGGUCCUCGCGUAUUUCAACGAGGCGUUCAAAGCCGAGGAAUGCGAUGCCGAGUGCGAUAACUGCAACUCGACCAUCACUUUUGAAUACCGCGAUUUCACUGACCUCGCCGCAGCAGCCAUAAACCUGGUCGGAAGGAUUCAGACAGAGAAGGUGACGCUCUUGCAUUGCGUCGAUGUCUUUCGCGGCUCGUCAUCCAAGAAGAUCAAGGAACUAGGCCAUGACUCCUUGACAGAAUACGGUUCGGGUUCGGAACUAGAUCGCGGAGAUGCUGAACGUCUCUUCCAGCGUCUUGUCAGCGAGGAUGCACUUGAAGAAGACAACCGUAUGAACCGGGCCGGGUUUGCGUCACAGUACAUCAAGCUUGGCAGGAACUGUCGUAUUUUUCAGGCUCGCAAGAAGCCGGUCCAGAUUCACGUCCGAGUCUCACCGCGGCAAGUGAAGGGCCAAAAGACCAAGAACGCGGCCACCAAGCGCAAAGGCACCGGGGUCGCGGCUGCGCGAGACGAUUACCCCUUCUCGACAAACGUCUCGUCUCCUCUCCAAAUUGCAUCACGCGUGAGCCGCAAAACGCGUGUGGUCGACAUGGAUGACGACCGUGACGGCUUUAACGAAGGUAUCGAUGCCGAGGCUGAAGACGAGUCGGAAGCUUUCGAGGCGCCGCCACAACCAAGAACCAGGAUGAUCGCGAAGAGUAGCAAGAACCCUCGUCAAAAGUUUGGUGCGCCCAUCACGACGGAUGAGAAGAUGGCGGCGCUCGAUGAGUUGCACCAGGACGUUGUCGAAGAAUUCGUGCGGGAGGGUCGAAGCGAGUGCCAGAAGAUUCUGAUAGCACGGAACCUCCGUUCGCAUCCGUUUACGGAUACGGUGCUCCGAGAAAUGGCCAUCAGCUUCCCGGCCACGCAAAGAGAGCUCAUGAGUCUACCCGGGGUCGAUGCCCAGAUGGUGACGCUCUACGGUGAGCGGUUCCUCAAACUGGUCAAGCGGUACAAGAACAAUUUCGAGUCGAUGACUGGACAACACUUGCAGCAAGCGGACAAGGUCAAGGACCCCAAUCACGAGAUCAUUGAGAUCAGUGAUGAAGACGAAGAGGACGACGACGCACAAUUUGAGGAUGAGGUGGACCUGGAUGCCGAGGAAUCGUCAGAGGAAUGCCGGAGCUCGUACUUCAGGAAGCCAGAAGUCGAUCCCGAACUCGAGGCUUUCAACGUGCGGUACAGCCAGGCUCAAACGUCAACAAGAUCCGCAGCGACACCAGCAGCCGGCCGGGCGGGGCGGUCUGCAGCAGGGGCGCGGCGGUACUCGUCUGGCCAAAAGGCAUACCCUCGACGAAAAGGGUCGCGAAAGAGCUCGACGGGCUACGCGAAGAAGGUGACGGGCAGAAAGCGAGACAGUGGCGGCGGUGCAGGCGGGUCUUCGAAACCGUCGAGGAAGGGGGGUGGGGGAGGGUUUGGGAUUGCAGCAAUGCCCACGUGA